AUGCUGAUUUUUUCUGGAAAUUCUGAAGUUCUGAAUCCAAGAGGAAGGGUUUCCAGACUGGAUUUUUUCAAGAAUAAUAUGACUAUUGACGAAAUAAUUGAGCUCAACGAUUUUUACAACAAACACAAUUUGGAUAUUCUCGGAGACUGUAUUAAGCGAAAUCCAAUGACACAUCCGAAAUGGUGUGAAUAUGAGGGAGAUGGUCCGGCUAUAAAAGUGGUGCUCUUUGGAAAUAGUUACACAUGGAAUCAUCAUAAAAUGAUAAUUCAAGAGUGUAGACAUCAAGUGAAGAACUUUACAAUGGAUUCUGAAGAAGGAUGUGAACCUUUGGCUGCAACGAGCCUAUUUCCAGGUUGCGACAAGAAAUUAGAGGAUUUUUCAGCACUUUUAAAAGCCAUACGACCCCAUUAUGCAUUUAUUUUGUCCAGAUUUUACGCUGUCGCCGAGCCAUUUACCAAUAACGUGAUGGAUUUGGAGAAUGACCGAAUUUUCCUGCAAAUGAGAGCUCAAUUACGGAGAUUUUUGCCUAAUAUCCGGCAAAAAUUGUAUAUUUUGGACACAAUUCCACGUGUCAUUGGGCAGAAUGUCCAAAAUAUUGGAAGGGAUUUGAAGAAGGGCGUUAGUCCGGAAGAGAUUAGUAAAACUCUGUACACCUCGGAUGGCUACGAGAGAGGGCGUCUUCGGCAUGCCGCCCUGCUAAAGGAAUGUUUUGGGAAAUGCGAAAUUAUCGAUUAUUUGCCGCUGUUGACCCGAAAUUUCACAGUUUUACCACAAUUUUUCGAUGAUUCUGGAAUUUCGUUCUUCACCAGUCUUGGACACCUUUCUGCGCAUGGAAUUGAACUUGUUCGACCCAUUUUUAGAGAUAUUUGUGAUAAAUUACAGGAUAGAUAA